AUUUGGGUGUCUAUAUAUUAAGCCCUUUACUCUUUUCCACCAACUCACACCAUCUUCCUCAAAUCUCCAUCUCUUCAUUUCGCAAAAAUGAAAGAGACCGACGCCAUGGAACAACCCAUCGCCGCCGGCGCCGGAAUCUCCAAUUCCAGCGACCUCAAAAAAAACAAAAAAGCUUCAAAGAAGCUUCUAAUCUUAACCCUUUCUUCCACUCUCCUCAUCGUCGGUGCCGUCAUCGGCAUCGUUGCCGGAACAACAAAAUCGUCGAAAGACUCCGGCAAAUCCCACGCCAUCGUGAAGAGUACGUGCAGCAGCACGCUGUAUCCUGAUAUGUGCUAUUCUGCAAUUUCGAAAAGUGAAGGGGCAAUGUUGAAAGUGAAGAGUCAAAAGGAUGUGAUUGAAGUUUCGAUUAAUAUUACGGUGAAAGCUGUGGAGGAAAAUUAUUUUAGAGUGAAGAAAUUGUGUGGGUUGAAGAACAUUAGUCAUAGAGAGAAAAUUGCUCUCCAUGAUUGUCUUGAGACCAUUGAUGAAACGCUUGAUGAACUUCAUAAAGCUAUUGUGGAUCUUAAUGAAUACCCAAAUAAAAAGUCUCUUAACCAACAUGCUGAUGAUCUCAAGACCUUGCUUAGUUCCGCUAUUACUAAUCAGGAAACGUGUCUCGAUGGAUUCUCCCACGACAAUGCGGACAAAACCCUACGGGACAAGUUGAAAGCGGGGCAAAUGGAAGUGGAACACAUGUGCAGCAAUGCGUUAGCCAUGAUCAAGAACAUGACGGACACAGACAUAGCCAAUUACGAGGCUAAAAUGGGAAUAACCAAAAAUAGAAAACUCAUGGCGGAGGAGGAAGACAACAACAAUAACGACGAAAUCCAGUGGCCGGAGUGGCUUUCAGCCGGUGACCGACGACUACUGCAGUCGUCGUCCGUGACGCCGAAUGUGGUGGUGGCGGCGGACGGUAGUGGAAACUUUCGAACGGUGGCAGCCGCCGUGGCGGCGGCGCCGGAGAAAAGUAGUAAGAGAUAUGUGAUAAGAAUUAAAGCUGGGGUUUAUAGAGAGAAUGUGGAAGUGCCGAAGAAGAAGACGAAUAUUAUGUUUAUGGGAGAUGGAAGACGGAACACCAUAAUUACCGGUAGCCGGAAUGUGGUCGACGGCAGCACCACUUUUAAGUCGGCGACCGUGGCUGCGGUAGGUGAAGGAUUUUUAGCGCGUGAUAUCACGUUCCAAAACACCGCUGGUCCAUCAAAGCACCAAGCGGUGGCUCUCCGUGUCGGAGCAGAUCUCUCAGCCUUCUACCAAUGCGACAUGUUAGCUUACCAAGACACUCUCUACGUCCAUUCCAACCGUCAAUUCUACAUCAACUGUCUCGUCUCCGGCACCGUCGAUUUCAUUUUCGGCAACGCCGCUGCCAUUUUCCAAGACUGUGACAUUCACGCUCGCAAACCAAAUUCCGGUCAGAAAAACAUGGUCACGGCUCAAGGUCGGUCCGACCCGAACCAAAACACCGGUAUCGUUAUCCAAAAAUCACGAAUCGGAGCAACGUCAGAUCUCCGCCCGGUCCAGAAGAGUUUCCCGACUUUUCUAGGAAGGCCGUGGAAGGAAUACUCUAGAACCGUGAUUAUGCAGUGUUCGAUUAGCGACGUCAUUGACCCGAAGGGAUGGCAUGAGUGGAGCGGUAGUUUUGCGCUUAACACGUUGUUUUAUGGUGAGUAUCAAAAUACUGGACCGGGGGCUUCGACCGGAGGGAGGGUGACGUGGAAGGGGUUUAGGGUGAUUAGGAGUGCCACGGAGGCGGAAGGUUUUACCGCGGGUAAAUUUAUUGGCGGUGGGAGUUGGUUGCGCUCUACGGGCUUUCCUUUCUCUUUAGGAUUGUGAGGGUGGUAAUUUUAUUUUUGUAAUCGGCUAUUCAUUUGUGGUAAUUUUUUUUCUUUUAAUCUUUUUUAGUUCUUAUGUGUAAUUUUCGAAUUACACUUAUUGGUGACAGUGUAAGUUUGGUAAAAAGUAAUAAUAAUUGCCAAUGAAGAGCCUGUGUUCACAUGUGAA